AUGAAAAAGAUAUGCAGAAUAUGCUCGAAAUGGCUUGUUGUGCUUGGUAUAAUCCCCGUGUUUCUUCUAGGAAUACCGGCUUUCAUCAUUGUAUAUCCGAUUAGCAUAUUCAAUAGAAAGCUAGCCAUCCGCAUAUCAACAUUAUUUACGUACCUGACAUGGUCGUUAACAAGCCUGCUGUUCUGCAUAUCAUGCAGAGUUGAGGGAAAUAACAUCUUAGACAGCAGUGAUUAUUUCGUUAUCAGCAACCAUCUGGGAUCUGUUGACUUCAUGCUAAUAAACGAGAUAGCCAGGAUGAACAAUAUGAUUGCACAUUCAAAAUAUGCGAUCAAGGAGGGAUUGAAAGUGUUUCCGGUUUUGUAUCAGGGAAUGGUGUUUGUGGGGUUUUUGGUUCUUAAGCGAUGCUUCAAGAAGGAUCGAGAUCGAAUCGUUGGGUACUUUGAGUUCUUCAAGGCCAACAAUAUUCCGAUCUGGUUUAUUCUGUAUCCAGAAGGAUCAAGGUUCAAGAAGCAGGCACAGGCAAUUAGCUGGGAAUAUUCGGACAGGAACAACGCCCCAAAGCUGAACAAUGUUCUGUUUCCAAGAUACAAGGGAUUCAAGCUCAUAUGUGAGCAGCUCAGAGGCUCAAGAAUAUCAAAGAUCGCAGACAUCACGUUUUUCUAUUCAGAAAGCGAGGUCCCACCACUCUGGAAGUUCCUACUCUGGGAUACCAAUGGAUACUUCAAGUAUGACAUAAGAAUCAUCCCAAUAGAUGAAAUCUCAGAUUACGAAUCAUUCCUGUAUAAGGCCUUCGAACGGAAAGAUGCAUUAAUAACCGAAUGGAAGACAUUAAAAGGCAAAUAA